AUGUCUGAAACGGUUAUCAUUACUGGUGGUACUGGUUAUUUAGGUCAACAUAUAAUUGCUGAAUUAUUAAAAAAUGAAUAUAAAGUAGUUGCAACUGCUCGUUCACAAAUUGCAGCUAUGGAUUUAAUUAAAUUAUUUGCACAUCCUUAUUUACAAACUGAAGUUGUUGAAAAUUAUGCAGAACAUGGAGCUUUAGAUUAUGUAUUAAAACAACAUAAAGAAGCUAAAUAUUUUAUUGCAAGUGCAGCAAUCACUGAUUUUUCAACUGUUGAACCAGAAGAAUUGGAAAAUAAAGUGUUGAAACAAAGUAAUUAUUUAGUUGAAAAUACUUUACAUUCAAUAACAAAACAUGGUCAUCAAAUUGAAAGAGUCAUUUAUACUAGUUCAUCAUCGGCAAUGAUUUCACCUCCUGAAUUAUUUAGCGUAAAUAAACAUUAUAUUGAUGAUCCAGAAGCUUGGUCAAAUGUCCCAUAUGAAGCAGGUAAACAUGAUCGUUUCAUGUCAUAUAUUGUAUCAAAAAUUGAAGGUGAAAAAUUAUUUGCAAAACAUAUUAAAGAACAAAAACCAAAAUUUGAUCUUGUUUCAAUUUUACCUGCUUUCUUGACUGGUCCAGUUGUAUUUCAAGAAGAAAUUAAUUUGGAUAAAUUACCAUCAACUACAAAAACAGUUGGAGAUUUAUUAAAAUUAAAUAAAGAUAGUUAUGUACCAGAAUUAGCAACUGGUGGUGUUGAUGUAAGAGAUGCCGCAAAAGCUCAUGUUGCUGUAUUAAAUAAUCCAAAGGCAUCAAAUCAAAGACUUUUAGUUGAAGCAUUUAAAUUAACUACUCCAAAUAUUUUAUCUAUAAUCAAAUCAGAUUUCCCACAAUAUAAAGAUAAGUUACCUACUUUGGAACCAAUGCCAGAAAGUGAAUUUGUUCCACCGAAUGAUUCAAGAAGUAAAGAAAUUUUAGGAAUUGAAAAAUAUUAUACUUUAAGAGAAUCAAUUGAUGAUCUUGUAAAACAAAUAGUUGAAUAG